GUCCCGUGGGAGCUCAGGGGCAAAGGCUUCUACUCCCGGUACUUCCUCAUACCAAAGGCAAAAGGGGACUUGAGACCCAUCCUAGAUUUGCGGCGGCUGAACAAGUUUGUGUGAAAACUCAAGUUCCGCAUGGUCUCCCUGUCCUCGAUCAUCACCUCCCUGGAUCCAGGAGAUUGGUAUGCCGCCGUCGACUUAAAGGACGCCUAUUUCCACGUCGCCAUAAUUCCACAGCACCGUCGGUACCUCAGGUUCGUCGUGUCCGGCGUCCAUCUACAGUUCAUGGUGCUCCUGUUUGGCCUGUCAGCUGCCCCCCGGGUCUUCACGAAGUGCAUGGCGGUCGUGGUGGCCUUCCUGCGCAGGCGUGGCACCCAGGUAUUCCCCUACCUGGAUGACUGGCUCAUAAAGGGCCACUCCAUGGAGCAGGUAGAGACCCAGGUGCUGUUCAUCAGGCGGACCUUUCUCAAUCUGUGUGUCCUCUUGAAUGAUGCCAAAUCCACUCUGUCUCCAACGCAACACAUAGAGUUCGUAGGAGCGGUUCUGGACUCCACACACGCCAAAGCGUAUCUGCCGGAGUCCAGGUUCCGUGCAAUUUCUGAGCUCAUCCUUGGACUGCACCGUGCCCCAGUCACCACGGCGCGAGUUUGCGUCCAGCUGUUAGGCCACAUGGCAGCAUGCACCUAUGUGGUGGUCCACGCCAGACUCCGGCUUCGCCUGCUGCAGUCCUGGUUGGCGACGGUUUAUCACCCGGUUAGGGACCCCCUGGACUCAGUGGUGUCCGUUCCCCGCUUGGUGCUGCGCUCGCUUCAGUGGUGGCUCAACCCGUGGGAAGUCUGCAUGGGAGUUCCCUUUGCUGCCCCACAGCCCUCCCUCUCCUUGGUGGCGGAAGCCUGGGAUCGAGGUUGGGGAGUGCACUUGGGACGUCUCAGGACGCAGGAUUUGUGGUUGCCGGAGGACCUCGAGUUGCAUAUCAAUGUCAGGGAGUUGAGAGCGGUCCGCCUGGCGUGUUUGACCUUCCGGUCCCACCUGGCCAGCAGUGUCAAGAUGGUGCUGAUGUGGACCAGCGGCGAUACCUUCAAGACUGUUUACUUUAUCCUGAACCAGGCUCCUUUCCAGUUCUCCAUUUGUGGCCUGCUCCAGGUCUUUGUGGACAUGGCCAUCCUGCUACAGGUUUACUUUUACAGCUACUACCCUCAGAAGCCAGCAUCACACACUACACACCCAGCCAGUACAAAGGCACUCUGAAGCACAUGGUGGAGAUGGCUACAGGUCAACAGUGUUGUGAAGUCUGCCUGUGCAGCUUUUCCUUCCACUUGUAAAUACUGUAUUAUUUUGAUGAGUUGAAAACAAGAGAGAAGACUGCUCGGAAACACAAGAAGUUUGGUAUUUUUAAUGGUUUGUUUCUGUUUGGUUUCAGAUUCAUUGUAUAGAAUUUGUUUUUCUGGGGGUGGGGUGUGGACAGUGUUUAUUUUUUGCAUACUUACCUAUGAGCCUUAUAAAUUCACGUGUGUGUGUGUGUAUGUUUGUACGUAUAAUUGCAAGGGCUGGAUGUUUGUGUUUUUAAUGCUAUUUAAAGAAAUGUUAAACCACAGAGACGAUCAAAUAUUUUAUCUGAAGCUUUUACCUAUUUAUAUAAAGUGUGUAUUUUGGAAGUAAGUUUGGAAUAUCGGAGUUAAAUAUUUCAGUGAUGUAUGAAGAUACCGUCAAAGUUUCAAAAAGGUUGGGUGCAGUGGAUCAGAAAGGUGGGCAGGGGGAAAGGGACUGAGAAGGGAUGGUGAACAAUCUAAAGUAAACCAAUAAUAGCUAGUAUAAAACAUAAAUGUACUGUGUGCGCACACACUCACACUGCUGGAUCAGUGUGGCACUGAAUAGAUCAAGGUGAGGGAUAGUUUCAGGGAGAUUAUGGUGUGGAUGAUGCUAUGGCCACAUCUAAACUAGACAUAGCUAGUUACCGGGUGGGAAGAAGAGAGAAUUUAAGAGGAGGAGAGAGGGAGUCUAACAUAACUAAGUAGUCUUGCUUUGAAGCAGCUGCGUUCAGGAACAGAAUGGGACCCUGCAUGAUUAGGGGUGCACAACUGGGUCAUUGAUGGUGUGUGACAGAGACUCCGGGUGGGUUGUUGGGAUGCCUACAGCAGUGCUGAAUGGGGCCAGUAGGCAGGCAUUGCCAGGAGUACUAGUGAAUAAUGACUAGGCAGUGGUUGAGAAAUUGGGAAAAGCAGGAAUAAAGGUGUCAAUGAAAACGGGUUACUGAGGUUUGGAGUGGAGAACAGUUUGUGUGGGAGAAGUAAAGCAGUAAUCUAGAGAGCAGGGUCUGCUUUCUAAAAAUGUAGUUAGUUAAAUAUUGAGAUUCACAUUAGUAUUAUUGACUGCCAGGUGACAUCAGUUUGUGUUCUGGGAUAUUUCUUGUGUUAGCCAAACAUGCAAAUGCUACAAAAGAACACGUGUGAAGAUAAGUAUAUUUUGUUUUUCUGCUAUUCAAGAUCUUCCAGGCUGUUUACUUUUAGAAAGCUAGAUAGAAGCUGGAAGGGAAAGUGAGAAGGCCCGAGGGGCAUAUAAUGUUAUGUAUAAUCUAAAUCGUAUAUAACUGUAUGUUUGCCAACAUCAGUCAUUGUGCCCUUUCUGAGAAUUGGCACUUCUCUAAGUGGAUACAGUUUUAAUGUUCUGUUUUGAAGCCCUUUGGCUUCAGCCAGUUGCCAUGAUGAGCCUAGCUUGACCUGUAGGAGAUGCAUACAGAUCGAUUACUGAGUCCCAGAAACAAUUGUCUGUGUUGCCUUCUUCUUUGAGACUCAGUCUUCCCUGCCAGAUAAAUGCUGCCUUCCUGCAGAUACUGGUGUUUUAGGGCAAUGCUAGAUUUCCAGUGAGACAUUUUUGUUUUCUGAGAACAUUCCAAAAAAAAUACAUUAUCUUAAAUAAGGCAAGUCUGGGAUAUCAUGUCUUCAGUUUUCAAUCAGGUGUUCUCACUAACCUGCUAUCUUUGGCUCUACCAUGCUUUAGGUAUGGACCAUCUUUAAUGUGGGGUGGCCAUUUUCUUGUGAAGAGUAAAAGCGUAUAGUCACAAUGCAGUAAAGUCUAUCAGAAAUGUUUAUUUUAGGAUAAUUGACAUCAAGUUGUCCUUUGCUGUUGUGCUUUGGUUUCCUUGUUUCUGAAUUCUUAAUCUCUCAAUCUAAAAUAAAUCCCAAACUGGCUGGCUUGACCCCUGGGAUCCCACUCCCCAUGCAUUUCUUGGAGGUGAUCUCCUCUGCUUCUGAGCCAAAUGCUGUCUCAUUGGCAAAAUUAUCAUUAUCUUCAAUGGGGUCAGGAUUUGGCUAUAUGGGUGUGGCAUAUCCAAGCACAGUAUUGCAUUUGUGCACCCUAAGCCUCUGGUUUUUAUGGAGCAGCCUCUGAGCUGAUCAUGUUCCCCCUUCAGGAUGGCUGGGUGGUGAGCAUUGCCCUGGCAGCUUGAUGUAGAGGAGAUUGGUAUAUCCCAGAGUAACAUGUAGGACCUGCCCUGGUCUUUGGUGUCUGUACCCGGGCCACUGGCAAAUCUACACAAAUAAACCAAAACUCAGGAAAAUAGUUCAAUCUGAGGGCCUGGCAUAGAGUGCUAUGGUCAAACUCUUGACUCCAUGCUUUUUGUUUGACACCAUACUCUUUUAUGCCUGAAGUGACCUUACAAAGACAAUGUAUGUGGCAUGGCAGACUAUGAAUGUUUUAUUCCUCUCCCUUUCUCAAAUGUUCUCGUUGUGUUAAAAGAACAUCUGGGCUUUUCUCUUUUUAAUUAAAAACUUAACGACUGUCCUCUCUGGUGUAUGCUGCUUCAAUGAGGAUUGUAUUUCUACUUGUAUGCAAACACUUUCUCACAUAUUUUAAUGGUCUGUUUUUUUAAUAACUUGUAGUACUAAACUUUUUGUACCUGAUGGUCUUUUUUUCUAUUAUUGUAUGAAACAGGGGUGUAAUAGCUAAAUGGCUGCUAAGGUCUCUUGGCUUUGUGUAACAGGUAUUACUGAAGAUAAAAUGAACAUGGUUUUUCCUUUCUUCUUUUGGGACUCUUUGGUCUGCAGAUUCUUAACAGUCUGCCGUCACUACCAAAAACAGUAUGCUUGAUGAACAUGUUUCUUUCAUACCAGAGCUGCAAAUGCUGGAAGAGAAGCCAGCGGACUAAUGUCUAAAGUCAUUUUCUAUUUAGAGCAUUUGAAAAGUUGGGAUACUUGGCUAGGAACUCUCUUGAACUUCAUCUUGAAAGAUGCUUUAAAAGCAAAGUUACAGAACUUUUUAUAUGUAAGGAAUUAUCUGUAGCAGUGAUCACCUCAGAGAAUUAAGAAAUCAAUUACUUUAUAAAUACAUAUUUGUUGAAUGUAUGGUACAUUUCAUGGAGCUCACGUUCUCUGUCAAUUGCAGUGAUUUAAAAACAAUUAAAUAAAUCAGUCAAUUAUACAUAAA